AUGGCCAAUAAUUCUCAGUUUCGGCCAGUCAUUCAUGCACAGCAAGGGCAACCAUUUGUUCCAAUGACAUCACAGCAAUUUGGACAUGCUGUUCCUUCGUCUAAUGUUGGGAUGCCUGUUAUUCAGGGUCAGCAAUUGCAGUAUUCUCAACAAAUGCAACAGUUGCCUCCAAGACAAAUUCAGCCCGGUCAUCCCGUUUCUUCACCACAAGGAGCACCUUCUCAAUCUUCAUAUACUUUCACACCAUCUUAUGGCCAGCAGCAAGACAAUGCUAAUGCAUUGCCCCAAUACCAGCAUCCACCUCAAAUGCUUGCACCUCCUGCUGGACAACCUUGGCCGUCCUCAGUACCUCAGAGUGCUGCAGCGGUUACAUCAGUACAGCAGGCUGGAGUUCAAUCAUCUGGUACUGCUUCAAGUGAUACUGCAGCUAAUACCACUAACUCGAACUCUGCAUCUGAUUGGGCAGAGCAUGCUGCUGGUGAUGGGAGAAGAUACUACUACAACAAGACUACAAGGCAAUCUAGUUGGGAAAAACCUUUGGAGUUGAUGUCACCUCUUGAGAGGGCUGACGCAUCAACUGUCUGGAAAGAGUUCACUGCUUCAGAUGGAAGAAAGUAUUACUUCAAUAAGAUUACUCAGCAAUCAACAUGGACAAUACCAGAAGAACUCAAGCUGGCUCGUGAGCAGGCGCAUAAAACUAUUAGCCAGGGAAUGGUGUCAAAUGCAAGUAAUACAUCCAAUGCUGCUGCCUCCUUAGCUGCAACACCAACACCCGCUAAUGCAGCUAAUUCCAACACUUUGACAUCUAACGGAGUUGAACCAAGCACUGUUGUAACUGUGAGCACUGCACCCACAACUGUCACAGGAAGCUCGGGAAUAGCAGCCAACUCACUUGAUUCAAAAAUUCCAUCCAUUGUUGAAAAUCAAGCAACUCAUGAUUCUACUUCUGUCAAUGGAGCUCCUCUUCAAGAUGUGGAGGAAGCCAAAAGAGGAUUUCCUGUAGUUGGACAAACUAAUGUGACUCCUUCAGAGGAGAAAACCAAUGAUGGUGAAACUUUUGUAUAUGCAAAUAAGCUGGAAGCAAAAAAUGCAUUUAAAGCGCUUCUGGAAUCUGCGAAUGUUCAUUCUGAUUGGACGUGGGAACAGGCAAUGAGAGAAAUCAUCAGUGAUAAAAGAUAUAAUGCCCUGAAAACACUUGGUGAGCGAAAACAAGCAUUCAAUGAGUAUUUGGGCCAAAGGAAGAAGCUAGAGGCUGAAGAGAGGCGCAUAAAGCAGAAAAAAGCCCGUGAAGAAUUCACAAAGAUGUUAGAAGAGUGCAAGGAGCUAAAAUCGUCCACUAGAUGGAGCAAAGCUAUAAGUAUGCUUGAAAAUGAUGAACGAUUCAAUGCCGUUGAAAGACCCAGAGACCGGGAAGAUUUAUUUGAAAGUUACAUGGUGGAACUUGAGAGAAAGGAAAAGGAAAAUGCUGCUGAGGAACACCGGCGGAAUUUAGCAGAAUAUAGGAAGUUUCUGGAGUCCUGUGAUUUUGUGAAGGUGAAUAGUCAUUGGCGAAAAAUCCAAGAUCGGCUAGAGGAUGAUGAUAGACACUUACUACUUGAAAAAAUUGACCGCUUGCUUGUUUACCAGGAUUAUAUUCGUGACUUGGAGAAGGAGGAAGAGGAACAGAAAAGGAUACAGAAGGAACGAAUCCGUCGGGGUGAAAGGAAAAACCGUGAUGCAUUUCGCAAGUUGCUGGAAGAACAUAUUGCUGAUGGAGUUCUUACAGCUAAAACACAAUGGCGAGAUUAUUGCUUGAAGGUGAAAGAGUUACCUCAAUAUCAAGCUGUUGCAUCAAAUACAUCUGGUUCUACUCCGAGAGAUUUAUAUGAGGAUGUCUUUGAAGAUCUUGAAAAGAAGUAUCACGAAGACAAGACACUCAUAAAAGAUACACUUAAGUCAGGCAAGAUCACAGUAGUGACCACAUCAGUAUAUGAGGACUUCAAGUCUUCUGUAUUAGAAGAAGCUGCUUGCCAAACGAUAUCAGUGAUCAAUUUGAAGCUUUUAUAUGAAGAAUUAUUAGAGAGAGCUAAGGAGAAGGAGGAGAAAGAAGCUAAGAAACGGCAACGCCUUGCUGAUGACUUUACUAACUUGUUAUAUUCGUUCAAGGAUAUUACUACUAAUUCAAUAUGGGAGGAUUGCAAGCCACUUUUUGAGGAGGCACAAGAGUACAGGUCAAUUGGGGAUGAAAGCUACAGUAGAGAAAUUUUUGAGGAAUACAUUACAUACUUAAAGGAAAAAGUUAAAGAGAAGGAACGCAAGCGUGAAGAGGAAAAGGCCAAGAGGGAGAAAGAAAGAGAAGAGAAAGAGAAACGUAAAGAGAAAGAGAAAAAAGAGAAGGAAAGAGAACGUGAAAAAGAGAAGUCUAAGGAACUACAUAAGAAAGAUGACACAGAUAGCGAUAAUCCUGACAUAACGGACAGCCAUGGUUAUAGAGAGGAGAAGAAAAAAGAAAAGGAUAAAGAUAAGGAAAGAAAACAUCGGAGAAGACAUCAGAGUAGUUUAGAAGACGUGGAUUCUGAAAAAGACGAGAAGGAAGAAUCUAGAAAAUCGCGAAGACAUGGAAGUGAACGAAAGAAGUCUAGGAAGCAUGCAAACUCUGAGUCAGACAAUGAAACUCGGCAUAAAAAACACAAGAGGGAGCACGGGGAUGGUUCCAGGAGAACUGGAUGGAAUGAGGAGCUUGAAGAUGGGGAGCUCGGCGAUGAUGUAGAGGUUUAG